AUGCUCAACGAGGGAGGCCGGCGGCGUGGGAAAGGCCGAAGCGGCACGGACACGCUUCCCGGGCGAUUCCGAUCCAUGUUGAGCCUGUCAAGUAUCGAGACGGAGUCGAAUCCGUUGGGCAGUCUCCUAAAGCCAUGCCUGUACUUUUACAAGUUCUUGCAGCCACUGGGAGACCGGAAGCUCGUACUCAACCUGCCAAACACAGCAUUGUGCGAGAUGGCGGAAGGGGGAAAGGAAGACUUACUUUGGCUCACUACUGACGAGUCAGGACAUGUUGUUCAUGUUGAUCGACCCAUCACUUGGAAACGAAAAUUUGUUGCGGAUGUAUCGGUCGCCAACGACGACGACGUACGGACGAACGACGACACGGUGGUAGCAGUGCGGAAGGUGCCGUUCGUGAAGGCGCACGUAGCAGUCCAGAACCAAACAGUUGCAGUUGCCGAGCGCGACCUUGAGCGAAUACUGAAUGGGGACCCGAAACGCAUCUCAUACGGCGUACAAAAGUACAUUCAGUGUCGUGGCGCUCAUGCCGCCCUCUACAGAGUACAAUGGAUUCGUGGAAGCACCAACAACACUGCAGUCAACCUCGUGAACAACCUUAACAUGUCCGACCGAUUCGAAGCUCUGCGUGCUGUUGGUGCGGCACCACUCGAAAGAGAUCCAUACGACGUCGCCAUUCGAGACGCAUCAGUCCUCGCACGAUUCACAUGUGUGUCGAAUGCACCGACGUCCGUGUUUGCUGGUGACGACGAUAAUGCAACUACCUGGCCACCCGACGUGCAUACUGCCAAGCUCCGAGGGCAACCCAUCACUCCAGCUUUGGACGCCAUCCAGCGAAUCGUGGCCCACGCGCAACUCCACAUUCCCGUCGUCCAAUUCAACGAGAUGGAAGGGGAUUUUGUCAAAGAUACCCAUGGCACAUGGUGGUGCAUCCAGGUCAAAUCGUUUCGGUACGAACUACGUGUUCCCGGGGUGGUCGCACUGCUCCGGGAAACCGACUUGCUCGACUCGUUGGUCCAUGUCCCCAAACUACUUCGGCGAAGACCACGAUCGAACGACGUCGAUGAUCCCAAAACAAACGAUGCGAACGAACCCACUCCACCUCAAGAUUACAACACACAUCCUUCGACCACAGCAUGCUUUCUGUGCCAUAAUUCGUUCCAGCUGGGCCCGUCUGACGCAGAAGCGCUUGGUUUGGUGCUCGAUGACGCCGAUCAACAUGUGUCGAUCGGUUCUGCCGCCAUGUCCGGCUAUGUUAUGACUUUCAAUAUGGUCAGCGACACGCUCACAAGUCUCCGCCACCGAGGUGUGCACUUGUCAUCGUGGGAAGCAAGCCUCUUACGUGCUACCACCCUCACUGCAUCUGGGUCUCCCUCAGGGUCCUCUGAGUGUCGCGUGUGUUUGAUGUGCUAUCAGAUAUACAAGCACCAAAUGUCUCUGUGUGCUACGUCCGCAGCUAUUCACAGAUACUUCGUCCCAACUGUUGGGAAUAUGUCCACUCAGAUGAAGUACCCUUCGGACGAAUGCCCAAGGCGUAGUCCCAGCGACUCGAUCAUUCGAGAGAUCGACGCGUUCCGGCGGGAGAGAGACCCACAGGACUUUUCAAUGCCAGUGGACUGGACGGAUGGCAAUUCCAAGCUGACCGUGGUUGCGGGCCGCGACGUCGAUCCCAACUGCCAGCAAUUUUGUUUCUUUUUGCUCUUUCACGAGCUUCAAGACGUCCUUGGACGAGAAGAUCCAACCCAGUACUACAUGGAAUACCAAUUGGGCCAAACGUUUUGCACGUUGUCGUUUGAUGGGCCCAAAAUGCACACGGCGCAUCGAUGGCAGCUCUGCGAGGCACGGAUGCAUUACGCAUUCGCCACCACGGACGCCCUGCGAACCAUGUGUCAAGAACACAAGAUCGACAUCAAGAUGAAAUACAGACACACGAAUGCUUUUGAAGGUCACGCGCACCUGUCGCUGAAGCCGUUAUUGGGUCAUCUGUCGUCCAAUAUUGAUGGCGCCGACGACGACAUGUUACUGCAAGGUCCAACGCACUGCGGUGUGUUAGUGCAUGUGAAUACACACCACUUAGGACUGCUCAAACUCAAAGUGACGCUUGGACUCAUCGGAUCCCACCAGCAUGAAUUCGCCGACUUGCGUGGAGCCAUUUCGGGGGUCGCUUUUGUUCAAGAGCAUCACGUGUAUUGGCCCGAAACGUCGUACUAUCAACCGAGCAUCGCUCUUCCAAUCGAAUGGAUACCGCUUUUCGCCCCACCAGAUUUGUAUGGACGUACCACUGAAUCAACCUCCGUCACAAGUGGCGCUCGUCGACCAUCUAUUGCCGUAUCUGCCAUGACGGAGUCCUCCCUUAUGCAGGACAUCCAAAAUCAAAAACGGGGCAUGGAGUUACAAGCGCCAUUCUCGACGCUCCGCCGUCUCGUGGCCCGCUUAGGAGAGACGGUUGACGCAGUUCCGACAUUUUUUGUGGCAACGUUGCUGCGAACUGUUAGUUUCUGGAAGUGUCCGAAGGCAGGAAGUACUUUGUCGUCCUGGCGGGUGCCAUCGCCCUACGCACUAACAUCCUCAUGGACGCUCGAUCAAUUAUUCCGUGGUGUCGUCAAGGAAUCAAAACCGCUUCGAUUGGAAGCGAUUGCUCUUCUCGGCGAACUCCUGUUUGUCUUGUUGGACCAACGCAGUAUUCCGCCUAUGCUACCCUUGUCGGACAACCUCGAGCAGCUUUUGACGCCAUUUUGGCUUCAACAAUCCCCUACCAUCGUGCUAGCGUGGCUGGCGCCUCAAGAAGCGCCGUCUUCAUGUCCAUCCAAGCAUCGCAUCAUGUGGAACCGAGCCGUUCGCCGUUGUCAACUUGCUGGAUUCACAAGGCAUCCGGACAAGUCAUUUCUCGCGACACACGAAUGGCCAUCGACGCUGCAACUUCACGUGAAUGCCAAUGACAUCAUGAAACACAGGAAGCGACUACGCACACGUAUGCGCCUCUUACUGCUUGCCCACUUGUUUGAAAAGAUCGAAGCGUACGAUUCGGGUUACCUGGACAUGGGCGAGUUUCGCUGUUUGCCGCAGCAACUCAAAGCAGAGGCGAAAUCUGCUGAAGCCGCCAACAUGCCGAUUUUCUCAAGCGGAGGGUGUACCAACCAGCUGGCAGCGUGGAAUCACGCACUUCACACGCAAUGGACAAAUGCCGUCAACAAGACUACACACUGCUUGGUGAAAAGCAGGCAGUUCCAGGAAGCGUUUGCUCAGUUCGACCAGUACGGCAGCGGAGGAAUUGGGUUUCGAGAGUUCUGGGAGCUUGCCGAAGCAGAACAUGUUGCGACCGUGACAGCAGUCCCAUCGACCAGUCCGGGCUUGUGCCUGCGCCAUGGCCUCGCGGCCUCGUUAGUAGACAUCGACGCAGUCUGCACAGAAUGCGACGCUGAGUAUGUGGAUGCAGUGGACCAGGGUGUCGUCGCUGUUCCUGGGCGCUCCGAUUCAAUCAUGUCCUCUGUAUCCUUUACGUCACGACCCCACAACGACGGGGACCUUCAAGACGACGGAGAUGGGAAAAGCUCGUCGGACGAGGAUGGUAUCCAUCCAUCGAGGCGGUACUCGUACUUUCAGUCGUUCGAGGGAACAGCGAUGACGAAAGAUUUUCAAGAGAAAGUGCAGACCCGCAUCAAGCAGCGCUAUCGUGGCAUCAAGCACAUUCCCCAAGACCUUGGGCAAAACUCCAAAACUUUGGCGGCCAUGCUGACUCAACUCGAGGUUGCUGAACGCGACACUCGGUCCAAGUACCCCACAUUGGCAAUGCACACAAGUCACUCGAUGCCUCACCUGGCGACCAAUCAGCCAAAUAAUCCUGCACAUGAUGCCCCACCGUUGACUGACGAAAACGAAUUUGUUGACCAAGCAAACAGCGCAUCACUCCGACGACCCCCUUUGACUCGCCGUCCAAAGCUUCGUCCUCUCAAGGCGGCUCAAAACAUGCAAACUGUGGACCCCGCCAGUCAAAAAGUCGCCAUGGAGAGGCUACAUGCUGUACCCAAGUCCCGCAAGAGCUCGGACGUUCCAGCUGUGUCUUAUGCGGACCUCCUACAGCAAGAGCUCCAGUUGCAGAGCCGCCCCAAGCAGGACCUGUUAGCUCGAAUUAGUCGCCAGCAGCGCAAAAAGAAAGAGCUGGACGAUCACGUGGUUCACGCACUUCAGGCCAUCCAUGCAACAUUAGCCCAAGUCCGGCAGCAUCAUCAUCCAUGA